ACACGCAAAGAAGAAACUCUGACGUCAUCCCUGACAAACAUGGCGAAAUUUGUAUCAACAUGAAUCAAACCGCGGUGAUUUCUAAUUGAAUUUCUCUCUCUUUAGACCUAUAGCCACCAAAAUGUCGGACGUUUUGAAAACCACAACCCUGCAGGAGCGAAUGGAACACCUGCAGGAGUUGUUGGAGUUUACGGAACAGUGCCAGAAACAGAUACAAGACCUGUACGAUGCACUGGGCUGGUCACCGGACAACGACCCGGAUAAGGAACCGAUGGAGCUGUGCCCCUACGAUCCCGGCCAUCGCGUCCCUGUCCGCAGCAUGGAGAGACACAAAGCUUCAUGUUACCUCAGAAAAAUGGGCUACUCUUCUGACGAGCAGGCCGAAAUGUGCGACACUUCCUCAUGUUACGUCAACACCAGCGUGCGCAGCUAUUCCAUGGACAAAAUCCUUCAGAACCAGGUGAUCCUACAAGCCAGAGCUGCUGCUCCACUCAUGAAGAUGGAGGGUGUGUUCUGGCAAGGUCAUUACUCCUACCAGCCCGUGGACGUGCCGCAAAACCACAAGCGAGCCGUCUGCGACCUCACUGUGGCCGACCGGCUGGCGCUGUACGACCACGUGAUCGGCGUCCUCAACCAAGAGAAGACCGUCGCCGCUUCAGGCAAUGAGGAGCUCUACGUAGAUCUGGUGUCCAAGCUGAAGAAGGCUGAAGAACAGAACGAACCAAAGACGCAUUUGGAGCUGAUGGCGGAGAUGCGGGACUACAAGAGACGGCGGCAGUCCUACCGAGCCAAGAACGUCCACAUCACCAAAAAGUCCUACACGGAGGUUAUCAGAGAAGUCAUCCAUGUCCACUCGGACGAGCUCGCCAGACAGUGGAAGGAAGAGCAUGAAGAGGAGGACAAGGGGAAAAAACAAGAGGCGGAUGAGGCCAGAGAAGGAAAAUCCCAAAGGCGUCGGACGGACGAAAGGCGUUCUUUGUCCUCGGAGUCCCGCAGAUCACGUAGCAGACGCCACCGUAGCCACGAGAGGAGUCGCGAGAGAGAAAGCAAGAAGAAGAAAAGGAAGAGAGAUUCACGCUCCCCAGAGGACAGACACCACCACAGCAGCAAGAAGAAGAAAAAGAAAAGGAAUGAGCGAGGAAGGAGUGACAGUUCUUGACCAGAUAACUUGUGUCAAUAAAGUUGUGCAACAGCAA